AUGCAAUCAACCAAUAACAACGACGAGAAGUCCGAGGGCCCCCACGUCGCGCCUGGUGAACCGACUCCAGACCUCGUGGACGUUGGUGAAGAACCCAGCAGACUGGUGAUCGUACCAACCAAGCGGCCGCCAGGGGAAAAGCCCUUCCAAAUACCUGAAGCCACAGGAAAGCCGGCCAGAUACCCCGAAGCCCUCGUGUUGACACCUUCAGUGGAAUCCUCGCGAUGUCUUCAGGCACUUCACUGCACGUCCAGAAGGGCCCGACUCUACAUCGAGUUGAAGCCCUGCUCUGAUGACCAUCCUCCUCGUCUUCAAACCUAA